AGUGGACUAUAUUGGAAGGUAUACUCUGCCAGCGAAUCCAAUUUCCAGCAAGCCUUCUGGGGAAGCAACUACCCACAUUUACUGGAUAUCAAGAGGAGAUUCGAUCCCGAUGAUGUGUUCUGGUGUACGCCUUGUGUGGGCAACGAGCGUUGGAAAGAGGUU